AUGCUGCAAAAUAAGGAGGAAACAAUUAGUUUAGGUACAUAUUUAUUUGAAAGAAUCCAUCAAUUGAAAGUUCAAUCAAUUUUUGGUGUUCCAGGAGACUUUAAUCUUACAUUGUUAGAUAAAAUUGAUGAAGUGAAGAAUUUGACAUGGAGAGGUAAUGCAAACGAAUUGAAUGCCGCAUAUGCUGCAGAUGGGUAUAGUAGAGUUAGAAGUACUGAAUCUUCGGCAAAUGGAUUUGCAUGUCUUGUGACAACUUUUGGGGUUGGUGAAUUAUCUGCUUUGAAUGGUAUUGCCGGAUCGUAUGCUGAACAUGUGGGAUUGUUACACGUUGUUGGUAUCCCAGCAACCUCUGCUCAAGACAAGCAAUUGUUACUACACCAUACAUUGGGUAAUGGUGACUUCACUGUUUUCAGACGUAUGUCUUCCUCCAUUACGCAAACUACCGGAAUGGUAGCGGAUGCGGCUAGUGGUCCGCAAGAAAUAGACCGUGUUAUCAGGGAAGCUUAUAUUAAUCAAAGACCAUCAUAUUUAGCUUUCCCAACCAACAUGGUUGAAUUAGAGGUUCCAAAGUCAGCUUUGGACACACCUAUUGAUUUGUCAAUUCCUGAUAAUGACCCUGAAACGGAAAACGAAGUGCUUGACAGAGUCACGGAAUUAAUUUCUAAUUCUAAGAAUCCUAUUAUUUUGGUCGAUGCUUGCUGUGCAAGACACGGUGCUACUGGUGAGGCAAGGAAGUUAAUUGAUCUCACUAAAUUUAAGUUUGCAGUAACGCCAAUGGCUAAAGGAGCUAAGUAUAUUGAUGAAGAUCAUGAUAGAUUCGCUGGUGUUUACGUAGGUACGUUAUCUUAUCCUUCUGUUAAAGAGCAAGUUGAAUCUUCCGAUUUAAUUUUAUCCUUAGGUGCUAUGCUUAGUGACUUCAAUACUGGUUCUUUCUCAUACUCUUAUCAAACAAAGAAUGUUGUUGAAUUUCAUUCAGAUUAUACUAAGAUUAGAUCUGCGAAUUAUCCAAAUGUGAGAAUGAAGCAUGUAUUGCAGAAACUUUUAGAAUCAAAUAAAUUGAAAGAAGCAGCAAGCAAAUAUGAGCCUGUUAAAGUUGAGAAGGACCCAUUUCCUGAAGAGAAGAGGGAUGAACUGUCUAAAAUUACUCAACAAUGGUUAUGGAGUAAAUUGUCUGGUUGGUUAAGAGAAAAUGAUAUAGUUAUUACCGAAACUGGUACUUCAUCGUUUGGUAUUAUCCAAACGCAAUUUCCAAAAAAUACCUUGGGUAUUUCUCAAAUAUUAUGGGGCUCAAUUGGAUACACUGUCGGAGCAACAUGUGGUGCUGUUAUGGCAGCUGAAGAGAUUGACCCUAAUAGAAGAGUCAUAUUAUUUGUCGGUGAUGGUUCGUUGCAAUUGACUGUUCAAGAGAUUUCAUCAAUGAUUAAGAAUAAAACCAAGCCAUACAUUUUCGUUUUAAAUAAUAAUGGUUACACUAUCGAAAAAUUAAUUCAUGGUGAAACUGCUGAUUAUAAUAGUAUUCAACCCUGGGACCAUUUGAAACUCUUGGAAACCUUCAAAGCUGAGGACUACGAAUCUAUAAGAGUCUCCACUGUUAAAGAACUUCUGGACCUUUUCAGUGACCAUAAAUUUGCGAAGAAUGACAAGAUAAGAUUGAUAGAACUUAUGUUUGAUACAAUGGAUUCUCCUCAAAACUUAAUUGAGCAAGCUAGAAUUACAGCUCAAACCAACUCAAAUUGA